AAGACUCGGCUCUCUCACCACAGCCCAAAUAUCUUGCCACAAUCCAAGGGUUCCUUUUAUUUUUUUUUUCCUGUUGAGAGUGUUCCGGUAGCAUUGGCUCUGACACGUUUGUAAACUCGAAAGCGCAAGGAUGGUGAACCUAGCGGAGGCGCAGAAGCUGCUGCUGCACUUCCUGGUCCGGAGGGCCGGGCUGCGGCAGCACACCGUCGACGUCGACGGCGCAGGCACGGUCAUCACCUUCUGGGUGCCCAAGGACAAGGUGCCCAAGGACAAGGUGCCCAAGGAGAAGCCCACCGUGCGGGACGUCACGCCCGGGCCAGCUUCUGCCGAUGAGGCCACCAACAAGCUGCCGGCGGCGGCGGCGGUGGCGAAGAAUGACAGGCCCGCCGUCGUGCUCGUGCACGGCUUCGCCGCCGAUGGCAUCGUGACCUGGCAGUUCCAGGUGGGCGCGCUGGCGAAGCACUACGACGUGUACGUGCCGGACCUGCUCUACUUCGGGGGUUCGACGUCGCCGUCGUCGGACCGAUCCCCGGGGUUCCAGGCGGAGUGCCUGGCGGCGGCGCUCCGGAAGCUGGGCGUGGGGUCCUGCGCGGUGGUCGGGUUCAGCUACGGCGGGAUGGUGUCGUUCAAGAUGGCGGAGGCGCACCCGGACCUGGUGCGGUCGCUCGUGGUGUCGGGCUCCGUCGUGGCCAUGACCGACUCCAUCAGCGAGACGAUGCUGGAGCGGAUCGGCGUCAAGUCGUCGGCGGAGCUGCUGCUGCCGGAGUCCGUGAAGGGGCUCAAGGCGCUGUUCUCCAUCGCCACCCACCGGAAGCUCUGGUUCCCCGACCGCCUCUACAGGGACUACCUCAAGGUGAUGUUCCCCAACCGCAAGGAGAGAGCGGAGCUGCUGGAAGGUUUGGUGGUCAGCAACAAAGACGCCACCGUCCCCGUCUUGCCGCAGAAAAUACUUCUACUGUGGGGAGAGAACGACAACAUCUUCCACAUCGAGCUCGGCAAGACAAUGAAAGAGCAGCUGGGCGAGAAGAUGAUGCUGCAGAGCAUAAGGAAGGCAGGGCAUCUCGUGCACCUGGAGAGGCCCUGCGUCUAUAACCGAUGCCUCAAGGAGUUUCUCGCGUCCAUCACGGCCGCAGCAGUGCCUCGCUGCUCCCCACAGCACGAGCUGGUCAACUGACCCCUUUGCCUGCGCAAGAAUGGAGGAAGGGGAAACAAAGAACGUGAAGAACAUGUCCAACUUCAACAAAAGAAUACUCCCUCAAUACUACAUGGACUCAAACGAACACGGAUUCAAACGAAACUUGAGCUAAACAAGCACCUCCUCAAGAGCUAAUAGUCAAAAAAAACCUUGAAAAGUUUAAAUAUUCAUGGCGAAUUUUGAAGAAAACCGAAUGUCCUUCACAAAGUUCGGUUUGGGGAAAUUUCAAAUUCAUGCCGAAUCCAUGAGCAAUUUGAGUGGGGAUCAUA